UCCCUACCAAGGGGCAGGCAGCGACGUCACGGACGUAACGCCAUUCACGUCCAUGCUCGUUGUUCGCGGUCCUCUACUGCUUUCAGCUUUCAGAAAACAUCAGUUGCACGUCGUUGUUCGCAAGUGACUUGUGUCAGUGAAAUUUACGUUUCAACGUUUGAUCAUAAGAAAUGGCGCGUACUAAGCAGACAGCCCGUAAAUCCACCGGAGGUAAAGCUCCGAGGAAGCAGUUGGCUACCAAAGCUGCUCGUAAGAGCGCACCGUCUACGGGAGGUGUCAAGAAGCCCCAUCGUUACAGGCCUGGUACUGUAGCUCUUCGUGAAAUCAGAAGAUACCAGAAGAGUACAGAGUUGUUGAUCCGAAAAUUGCCUUUCCAACGACUCGUUCGUGAAAUCGCACAGGAUUUCAAGACUGAUUUGCGUUUUCAAAGCGCCGCAAUCGGAGCCCUCCAAGAAGCUUCCGAAGCCUACUUAGUCGGUCUGUUUGAGGACACCAACUUGUGCGCGAUUCAUGCUAAGCGUGUAACCAUUAUGCCGAAAGAUAUCCAGUUGGCACGACGAAUUCGUGGCGAGCGAAAAAUGGCUCGUACCAAGCAGACCGCACGUAAAUCGACGGGAGGAAAGGCUCCCAGGAAACAGCUCGCCACGAAGGCAGCUCGUAAGAGUGCUCCUUCCACGGGAGGAGUCAAGAAACCUCACCGUUACAGGCCGGGUACCGUAGCUCUUCGUGAAAUCAGAAGAUACCAGAAGAGCACAGAAUUGUUGAUCCGAAAGUUGCCGUUCCAACGACUCGUUCGUGAAAUCGCACAGGAUUUCAAGACCGAUUUGCGUUUCCAGAGCGCGGCGAUUGGAGCUCUUCAGGAAGCAUCCGAAGCCUACUUGGUCGGUCUUUUCGAAGACACCAACUUGUGCGCUAUCCACGCCAAGCGCGUAACAAUCAUGCCCAAGGAUAUUCAAUUGGCUCGGCGAAUCCGUGGAGAGCGCGCUUAAGCAACUAACACAUAAUUUCCUCUAUUUCCUUUCCCCACAUACAUACCAUUUACUAUUAUUACUUAUAAGUAUAGUUGUCCGUAAUGAUGAUAACAAUGAACUCAUUGUACGAAUGAAUAACUUUCAUUCCGGUCAUUAUUCUUUAUCGUUUUUUCUCUUUAUUUUCGUAAGUCACUGUGUUCAACAUCAAAGAGACACGCAUUAAUUCAUCGUUUUCACCUUAUUUUAUUCCGUUUCAAAGAUGUGUUUUCACAUCUUUCAUGAUACAACUCGCGGCGAGAAAGCUUCCAUGCGGUAGCCGAUCACGUCUCGAUGUAAACGGUCUCAACGUAUGCAUGUCUGCGACGUCGUUUUUGUUUUGUUUAACUUUCUACUUGGAUGGCAGCUGCAUUUUUUAUUGUUUUUCUCGAUUGGCUGUAUUAUGCCAAAUUUUUCUAACGUCCGAGCGAUACCAUGUUUUCAUGAACGUUUAUUAUCAAACGCCAAUGUUUAGUGACGGAAAUAACACUCUCGACGUUUCCACAACGAUUUAAAACCCUGGUGCAAUGAUACUUGUCAAUUCUGUCGAAUUUGUGUACCAAAUUAUCACGAAAAAAUGCAAAACCGUAGAUUCUUAUCCGUGACUGAUAAUUUGCGCUCAUUUGAACAUCGUUGCUCGGACAAGCGUGAACAAAAAAUUGAAGAUAAUCCAACCAAUCGCGUCUCUUUGUCUUUAGAAAUAUUUUGUAAGACAUCGUCAAAAUCUUUGACGAUCGUCGUCAUCAUCAUCAUCAAUAAAUCAUCAUCAAUAUGCAAUACAAAUAUGUAUUAGCUCUACGCACCGUAGAAUUUACGUGCAUUAGAAAAAUAAGCGACUCUUUUUCUAUAGUGAUCCAUGUAAGGAUGGUCUGUGCGUCAGACUGGCUUUUUUGGUUGUACUGACAUAAACGUAAUCGGAUCGCAAGUAUUCAGUAUCUUCUGUGUGGAGAACGUUUCAUAAAUAAAAUACUGAUAAAUUGUA